AUGGUCCAGGCUGGCGAUGAAACGGCGAUUGACCGGCGGUGCUUCUCUACGUGGCUUAACCCGGUCUUCGCCGAGAGCUGCUACGAAUCGCUUUGGUCAGCCGCUCGAGAGAUCCACGCCAUCAGUUCCAACCGCUCAUCACCGACUGAAGUCGACUCUGAGGCUGAGGAUGCCAACGAGCUCGAUCCAUGGGAGAAGUCCUACGGCCUCAAUUGGCUGACCCGACUGCUCUCAUUUGCUAUCCGACAAACCUCAUCCGGGACAGAUGAACAUCACGAUUGGGAAUCUCUAUCUUCCCUGGUCGGCCAGGUCAUGGCUCAGAUGACCGGAAGCCCUGAUUGCCCGGCGCAGAGCUUCUUGCGACGUUAUAACUUCGAUCUCUUGCUUCCCGGACUGGUCCCCCAACCACAUGAUUGCCGGAAUUCAGCCGUGAAUACUCAGAUCAAAAUACAAAUCCGAGAGGGCAGUCUCUCAUUCUCAGCCAUCGGUUCUCAAACAUGGAACUCGGCACCAUUGCUUUGUCGUCGCUUGAGUCGAGAACCAUUCGAUUUUUUUCCUCAGUUACGCUGUACACCAGCUGAAAUCUUUCCAAUCAAUUCGCCGGCUCCUUCAAAGAACAUAACAAGGACGAGGAAUUCACUGAAAGUUCUCGAACUGGGGUCAGGAACUGGGCUGGUUGGCCUCACUGCAAGUCAGAUUCUGGCAUCCAUUCUAUCUUCAUUCUCAUCUAUGGAACCCACUGAUGUCGAAGUCAUCUUGACUGAUUAUCAUCCGGAGGUUCUAGACAAUCUGCGGCAUAAUCUGGAAUUGAAUAGACCCAGACACACUCUCCCAGCAGGCUGUCCCUCCACCUUGAACGUCAACGUUAUGAAACUCGAUUGGAGGGAGCUAGAAAGCUCUGAAUUGACUCAUGCUGGACUCGCGGGGGCGUUCGACGUGGUGUUGGGCAGCGACCUUGUAUAUGAACCUGAACAUGCAGUUUGGGCCUCAAACGCCGUGCGGUACUUCUUAAAAUCAGAGACGAGGGGGGUCGAAAAUCUUGAAGCAAUCAACAACGAGCGAGUAUUUUCUUGGAAAGAUUCAUGGCCAUCGUUCCAUCUCUUGUUACCGCUUCGACCAACUUUCGUUAAAGAAUCGGAAGCGGUGCAUCAAGUCUUUGGAGGCUCAGAUAUGAACCUGCUCCUGGACCAAACCGACCAAGUUCCCGGUAUACUACCGACUCACAGCUGUGAAUGGGAACUGUCUACCAACUCCUCCUUCGAGAAGAUUACUCGGACUUCAAAUGCUCGGUCAUUGCAAAUCACGAAAUACAGCAAAGAAGAAGGGGUUCAGUUCGGCCAGGGCUGCGGCGAAUACCAAUAUUUGCAAAUCAGAUGGAAUGACUAG